UGAUUGAAACGUAAGUCCAAAAAGUUCAGUUGAAUCGAUUUUAAUUGUUAUAAUCAGUCAACUCAACUUUAAGUCAAUCAUUUGAUCAUUUCAGAAUGAAGAGAAAAAAAUAACCUCACCCAGGACAUUUAAUGACAAGAUGAUAAAAUCAUGAAGACUUUGACUUUCUCUCUCUAUCUUCUUUGAACCCCCACCUUUAAUAUCAACCUUUAUCAUCACCUCUAAAAAAGCAUCAUCAUCACCAGAAUCGUGAAUAUUGUUCAUUUCAUGAUUAACCUGUAAACACCUCAUUCCUUUCCUUAAAUCUCUUUAUUAAGGCGUACAAUUAACUUAUCACAAUCUCUUUUGACUUUUCUCUCUCUCUCUCUUUAUCAUCUUGGUAACGAUAAACAUUAACUAAAAGUGAACGACAACAUCAACAUCAACAGACAACCCAUAAAAUCAGAUCGUUCAUCGUUUUUGAUUAGAUUAUCAAAUAUUUAGUUCUAAUCUUUUGUUCUGAUUAACAAUGUUAAACGUGCUCGAAAUCAAUUACUUUUGAUUAUCUUGGUGAUCCUUUUUCUCAAAGUUAUUCUAUUAUUAUAUUAUUUGUCGACGAGGAACAAUAAUUUAAACUAAUUCACUUUGUGCUCGAAAUUUUUGUGAUUUGUGCGAUUAUUUAUUUAGUGACAAUUUAAAUUAUGAUUAGUCGACGAAAGAUCAUUUCCCGUUCAAGAGAUGAAAUUAAUUAUGAUGCUUGUUUCACCAAUAACGAUUCUGAUGUUUGGUGUCACAAAGAUAAAUUAUAUCGAGAUCAUAUACUUGAGGUGCUAAACAAAUGGGAUCAAAUUGAGGAUGAAAUAUGGGCCAAGAUAAUAGUCAUGGAGCGUAAUCGUCGUAUAGCCAAAGCUUAUGCUCGAGCAUCAAUCAUAACAAUUAAUGGAUCAGAUGUUGGAUUUGAUGGUUAUCGAAUCGGAGUUAAUGGUCUUGGUGAAGGUUCAACUAAUCCGAAAGUUGAUCAGAUUAAGAAAAUGAUUGGCCAGGGAAUCAAAUUAAAGGUUGAUGAAGCUGGAAACAUAUUGAUUAAACGUCUCUCCCGAAGCGAUGUUUACGUUAAAAAUUGUAUUCCAUCGGCAUCUUCUUCAAAUCUCUCAUCAAAAUCAGCAUCUUAUUCAUUGUCAUCCUCGUCUUCCUCAUCUUCCGAAGUUACAUCAUCUUCAUGGUCAGCGGUGAGCAAUGAAAUUAUCUCGAUUCACGGGAAGUUGGAUCAAAAUAAGGCUUACAAAUUGUUCGAUAUGAGAAAAUUUACCAGUAAUUUGGAGAAAGAAAUUUCAACAGGUUAUCCUGAUCGGUGUAAAUUAGAAACUCAAUGUAUCUCGGUUUUCUCAUUCGUCAAAGAUUCUUCCAAUAUUCUAGAUUUACCUUGUUACAUAUUAAUUGUUAACAUAAUUGCUUUGGACAUUCUUCAGUCACGAUUACCUUUACCAAUUAAACGUCCAUAUUCAUCUUUCAAUUUAAAUGGGUCUGAAGAGAGAAUGAUUCGAUUUGAUGAUGAUCGAACUGAUCGAUCAAUUGGUGAAGAGAUUCAAAUCCAUGUGAAGCCCGAAACAAUUUCACCUUCGAUUGGAGAUAGAAAAUUAUUCCGACGAUCAUCAUCAGCUUCACGAUCUCGACAAUUAAUGACGCUAAAUUUGGAUGAUACAAGAUUCUUAAGAAGAGAUAAAUCUUUAUCAAUUGAACUUCCAUCACCUGAUUAUGAUGACGAUGAUGAUCUUAAUAAUGAUGAUGAUGAAGAUGAAAAUGAUGAACGAAUGGUCAACAUGAAAUCUAAAUCUCGAUGUAAACCAAAACAUGAUGAUCCUUAUUAUAGUGGAUUAAGAGCUAAGAUAACUCAACCUUCUCGAUUUGAUAAGAACUAUUUCAAUUAUCACAGUCGCCAUCAUUAUCAUCAUCACAGAGAUACAUUGGUUGGUUAUCCUCGUUAUGGUUCAUCAUCUCGAUCAAAACAUUUCCGUAGUAUGAUGAAAAAAUCACAAUCAACAAGUUACCUUGAUUCGUUUGUAAUGGGACCAUUAUAUUCAGUUUCAAGUGAUUACUCGCUUGGUGAAUACAAUUCAUCAACUGGUUAUUGAUUUGCAUUCUGUUGAUGAUUUACAAAUGUAAACCUUGUUUUCUCUUGAAACCAGCAAAAAAAAGAUAUCAGAUUAUGAAGUUUAAUUGAUCCAAUCUGGAUGGAUAAAUGAAUCUAUUAGAUUGUAAAAAAUUCAAAUCAAUCCAAUCAACAUUAAUUUAUGAUCCAAAUUGUUUCAAUUGUUUCGACCUCUCAAAGUAUUAUUAAAAUAUUAAUAAAAGAUUUAUAUAAAUUUACAGCCGUGAAAAAGAGCUUCGAAUGAUUUUAUGUUAUUAACAUCUCUAUUAUUUGUACGGUCAAUUUUGCCUCAGUUCGGAUGUGCCGAUAUUGAAAUUCGCAAGAAUAUACUUUUGCUCUUUCAGUUUUAUUGACCUUGUAAUCGAAAGCUUUUUGAACUAAUUUUGACUCGUCAAUAAUAUUUGGUUCAGAUUCUGAACUUCACAAGUCUAGUUUGGCCUAACUAGACCUUUUCAAGAACAGUUGGAAAGACUAGGAGGAGUUUCUUAAGAGUCGAUUUCAUGCAAAAUUAUCUAUCUUGGAUUUGACGGAGGCCACAUUUGAGUGGACAUACUCGUUCCUAAAUUAAAGUAUAUUCAAUUGUCGAUUCCACGUAUUCACAUGAGGACGAGUUUUCAAGGGAAUUGUUGGUACAAGUAAAAAGUGAGAGAGAAUUAAUUAAUUGUUCAACUUAAUUUACAGUAAUUAAUCAUUUUAACACUACAUCAUCUUAAAGCUGAAUAAAUGAUGUAACAAAAUUAGCUGAUUUUUUAG